AAGGCCUGUGGUGUCGGUGACGCUCGGCUAACCGUGACCACAUGUUUUCCGCCACCCGUUCCUUUUUCCGCCGCGGCGGCGGCGCCGUGCGUAGAGCGCGGUAGGCCAAUGACGCGUCCCGUCCCCUGCGCCCCCCCCAGGUGCAGCCCCGGCUACGUGGGCGAGUACUGCCAUCACCCGGACCCCUGCCGCCCCGGCUACUGCCUCAACGGCGGCAACUGCAGCGUGACGGGGAAGCCGGGCAGCCCCGCCUGCUCCUGCCCGCUGGCCUUCACCGGACCCAACUGCCAGACGCCCCAGAACUCCUCCUGCUACCCCAACAACCCCUGCGCCCACCAGGGCACCUGCACCCUGCUCUCGCUGGACAAGCACGAGUGCCACUGCCCGCAGGGCUGGACGGGUCCCGACUGCACCCGGAGGACAGCGGGUUUCCCGGCCCGCCCCAAACGGGGGCGGGACCCCCUGCCGGGGGGCCGCUUAGCGGGCCCUCCCCCGGGGAGGGGCGGCCCCCGCUGCCAGAACGACACGGACGAGGGGCGCGCGCCCCCGUCCAAAACGGCGGCGCCUGCGUGA